CUCCCAAUGGAACCUCGGGCAGCCCACGCUCUCAUAUCGAGUGUUGUUCUCACCGUCGUGGCUAUUGGCUUCGUGGGAGCGCGGUUCUGUGCGCGAGUUCGGAUCCUCGGUAGACUGGAUUCGAGCGAUUGGGUUGUUCUAGUGGCACUGAUUCUUUCUGUCACCUUUAUGGUGGUAACCAUCACCGAGAUAAAAUACGGCAUGGGUUGGCAUGAGAUCGACCUUUCGCCUGACACUCUUACCAAGCAGAUGAAACUCUUCUGGCUCGCAGCUCCAUUCUAUAACGCCACAAUGGUUCUUGCCAAAAUCUCCAUUGUCCUGCAGUACUCUCGCACAUUUCCAACCAAGAAAUUCAACGAAAUGUGCUGGGUUCUGAUUGUGUUCGUCGGGGCGUAUGGAACUUGGACGGUUCUGAGCGCAUUUGUGAACUGCAUUCCCGUAGCCAAGUCCUGGGAUACGGCGAUAUCAGGCAAAUGCUUGCCAAAGGAUAUCGUAUGGUUCACCAAUGCAGGCUUAUAUAUUUUCACCGAUGUGAUUAUCAUAAUCCUCGCAAUCCCCGCACCAGCAGUUUUCAACUUGCCAUUGAGACAGCAUAUCAGGCUAAGUGUUCUUUUUGCAUUGGGUGGAAUAACUUGCAUCGUCAGUAUCUGCCGCUUGAAUAGCGUGAGAAACCUUCUAGACUCAACUGACUUCACACACGACACCCCGGACUUCUCAAAGUGGUCUAUAAUCGAAUGCAACAUCGCCAUUACCUGCGCCUGCCUUCCUAGUCUCUACCCGCUCCUAUCCCGUCUGUGGCCCUCGUUCAUCCCAGCCCACAUCAGCCAUCCCAUUUCGUCAAGCCGUCUCACGACACGCAUCGGGUUCACAUACAGCAGCAUCAACAUGGGACGACGACGAGCGGGCAAACACGAGCAAUCGAAGAAGGAAAAGGAUAUGCAACGGGGGAAUGGUGGUGGCUACGGCGAGUUUCAUCGACUCCAACGAUAUCCUAUUCCCGGCAAUGCCUUUGCGGAGGAUUUGCUGCGUAAGGGCUCGUUUUUUAAUGAGCCACGGAAGAAUGAGGUUUAGGAGGUAAGCAAGUAAGUAUGAUGGAAAUAUGUGAUUCCUCGGGUUGAAUGGUUGCACUUGUAGUGAGGGUGUUCAUGGUGUUGAAGGAAAUGCGUAAAUAAAUUAGUUCUGGGAUUAGUCUUGAGAUGGCUGGCUUGCUUUUCUGGGUGGUUUAAAUGUUGCUAGGGUUACUUUAGCUGGAUAAGAUACUUCAUGCAUGGCAGGUUGGU